AUUUCUGCAUUGGGAGAACGCUCAAACAGCAACAGAUUGGAACAGAAUGGAACGCGCACAAAUAUCAGGCACACGAAGUUCGGCAUGUUCUCUGCAGUUGUCUAUCGACCACGACCACCCCUGCCUCCGUGCCCUCAAUCUUCCCCUCUCUCCAUACCUCCCGUUCCCCGCCUGCGUGCUCACCUCACUCCCUUUUAUUUGCAGGCCCCACACUCUUUCGAACUGACGAUCUCUCCCAGGCACGCUCACUUUCGCACUCCACUCGCUCUUUCGCUCCAGAACCCUCUUCGAAUCCCAUCCCGACUUGAACAUGCAUCUAUCCGCAUCUGUCGCCCUGUUCGCCCUGUUCGCCAUUCCGGUACCCUUCGUCAGGGCGCAAGUGAAGCCCAACAACCUGGCGGCGGCUUCGACCUCGGGCGCACUCAGUGCUCUCAAGUACACCAAAGUCGGCAGCACAGGCUCGUACAACCAGGUCACAGACAUCAUCCCUGGAACGUUCCCCACCUGCUCCGCCAACCCGUUCUGCAUUACGACCCCCAAGCAAAUCAGCGGGAACCUGGCGCCGUUCGAUGAUGAGAUGACAGUGGUGUUCAGGGGCCCCAUGAACUUGUAUGAUAUCGCCGUGUACCAGUCGACGAACGCAAGCUCUGCCAGCUGGAACAAGGUCAGCUCGUGGACCGCCGGUCAGCAGCCGUCCAACCUCGUGUUCAUGAACAACAACGGCGGCGACGCCAGUGGCGAGUGGUCGAUCUGCGCGGGCUCGAGUCAGUCGUACGCCAACGGUGCGUGGACAGACGCUACGACGGCUCCGAACAAGGAGGUCGCGAACGGCUUCCUCGAUGAAGACCACGAGAUGAACAUCAUGACCGCCACAUCCUGCCAAGAAAUCUCUUGCGCAGGCUUCUCGCGCGGUACCGCGAACCACGGUUGGUCAGGCAGCAAAUUCUUUGUCUUCACCUUCGACAUGCCUUCAUCUUCGUCUUCUACCAAGACUCCCGCUAUCUGGGCGCUCAACGCACAGAUCGUCCGUGCCGCGCAGUACGGCUGCAACUGCCGCGGGACCGGCCCCCAAGGCUGCGGGGAACUCGACAUCCUCGAGGUCCUGAACAAUGACCCAUCCGCGAACAUCAACCAGGCGAUCUCAGAGAUCUAUUCCCCGAAGGGGGCGACGGGGACGGGAAGCGGAGGGUUCUUUGCGCGCCCGACGGAUGGCAAGGUCACCUAUGGGGUCAUCUUUGACGUUCAGACAGACCAGAUCGCGAUCCAGAGGUAUACGCAGUGGGACUACACCCAGGGCCAAAUCACCAGGAGCCUAAUGGAGGGGUACCUCAGUGCGCCUGCGCUCGUUGUGCCCUUUGAUGGCUCUGGAGCGAAUGGGAAGAGGGAAGACGUGCGCUCGAGGAUGUUUGGGGCUCACCGGCGCCGUCACCACUCCAUGCACUGAGACAUGUUCAUACUGAGGACCCUUCUACGCUGGCCAAGCUUGCCGCUUUCUCGUUCCAACUCCCCACUAGUUCCGUCUAGCACCUGUUUAUACCCUCGCCGGCUGGCCGUCGCCCCAGGCUGCUACUCUCUCACGACCUGUUUAAAACGUUUACGUCUGCCAUAUCGAUGUUUUGCACAGGGUGCACGUCAGGGUGUAUCGUUCACAAUCUUUUGUUAGACAGCGCUAGGCGUUGUAUUCUCUGCUCGUUUGCUGUAGAGCUGCGCGAUGCUCGUAUGUUAUAAAGCGCACAUGUU